UACUUCACUGAACGCUUCUUUGGGUAAGAAUCUCCUUCGCAACGUAUAUAAAAGCUAUCCUAACGUCCUUCUCAGAAACGAUAUGGCAUGUAUUAUACCAUAUCUUAUCCUUCACCUGUCCUGAUAAUUCAGCAGGACUUCGGACAUAAACAAUUCUGGCGAAUGCUCAUAAAACAGCAAUCAGAAGUGGAGAGAAUUCUCGAAGAAGUAGAGCAUCGGGCGUAUGAACUCAUUCUCGCAUCUCAGAACGCACUUUGGGUCCUCAAGCGGCCGGUGGACACAUCAAAGCCUGAUGUGGACUGUUCCGGAUAUGACGAGGCUCCACUACGAGCCACCAAGACCGAGGAAUACGCCAGCCACCCCCAGUCCAUCGAAAACAGUGAUGAUGGCUAUCACGAUGUCCGGGCCGAAGUGGAAGACCCGCUGGAGGUGGCACUACGAGAGAAGGCUACCAUCCUCAGAGAGAAAAUCUACACCCGAAUUUCGAGGUAUUGUGCUUAUCCCGAAUCCAAGUGGUACCAUGAACAGCUCGAAGUGAUCAAUUCUAUUAUCCGGCGGAUAGUAUACACAGACGCAUCCCUCAUGGUCACAUCUCAGAAUUACACUUCGGCGAUGGAGUUUCUUCGGGAUGAGAAGUUGGAAGUCCAAACACUAUCCAAGCUUUGGACUGGUCUUGUAGAGCUACUCACGGAUCAGGCUCGAGCGGCAAUUGAUGACGUCCUGAGGCCGGUAGACGAUUCUGCGAGUUAUGUCGUCGUCCUGGGUGGACGUGUUUAUAAAGACCCGACUACAGGACCCCGACCAUUUCGCAGCUGGGCUCAUUUCAGUUCUAUAAUUCGGUGUUAUGGGUGUUUGCGGAAAACCUGCAAGACAAUGGAUGAGGUCAUAGCCUUGACACAGUACACCAUUCUUACCUGGACCCAUCUCAACCAAUCGACGCUCAAAUGUUACCAUAACGUCGAUGGGUCGAGUAUCCUCAUGCUCUGCGGCUCCAUAGUCAACUACUUUGAAUACUCAGACUUCAGUCAUCGCUAUACUGUUACAAAGUAUAACGACAUCAUCGAUCACACGCCGCAAUGGUCGGAGACGGAAAUGAACAUCACCGUCUGUAUGGGCCUUUCGCUGAACGAUCCAAAGGCUGAGGCGUUCGUCAAUGCAUGCACUCGAGAGAAGAGCUUUAUGGUAUUAUCUCGCCGAGGAAAGGAGGGUAAAGUUGUACGCUCGACACCUAAGAUUUGGUGCAAACGCACAAGACGCGCGAAUACGCGAGCCGGACUGAAGAAGCUUCCUUGGGAAGAGACCAAGUCCGUCGUGUACUUCCGAGAUAGCCUUCUGGAAGAGUGCUGGACGUUAACAAGCAUGUCCAAGCGAGUAGAAGACUGCUACCAAGUCGCAGUGGUCGAUACGGAGGCAGAGAACGUGACCGGUGUGGUUGCGAAGCUGGCGAAGAUUUGGAUAGAAGUAUAUGGGGUCGAGUGCAUACAUGAGCUAUGCAAUGAGAUUGCGAGGCCGUAUGUCAAGAGCGGUGAUUUGGAGAUCGUGGAGGAGGAAGGAGAAGAAGACGCGAACCGGAUAUGUCCGAAGAGGAAUGUGUUGAUGCCCGGUGCGGCAGCCGAUGUCCAUGCGUCGUAUAGGCGGCUCUGGCAGAAGAGUCCUUGCAGCGGGAUCUUUGACGACUGAUUUCGACCUCCGUACAACGAGAUGGUAGAAAUGAGAGAUUUACUGCGUUUCCUUCGGUUGGGACAGACACUUUCUACACUUGGUUUUAGUUUACUUUUAUAUUGUUGUAUGUUGUAAGAAGUAGUAUGUACCGGCCCGUACCAAUACCAUCUUGUAUACCUAUUCGCUCGUGACGCAUCAGAGGGGCACC